UUGCCCUCGACGAAGAGCUUGCCGUCCUUGGCCUCGACGGAGCCCUUGAAGCGGCCGUGGACGGAGUCGUACUUGAACAUGUAGACCAUGUACUCAAGGUCGAUGAAGGGGUCGUUCACAGCGACGACAUCGAUGUCUCCGUGGAGGAGAGCAUUACGGAGCACGAUACGGCCGAUACGACCGAAACCGUUGAUUCCGACCUUGACGGGCAUGGCAGAUGUGGAUGUGGAUGGGUGGGUGUGAGGAGGUGUGAGUGGUGAGGAUGGGGAGAGGAGUGGGCGCUUUAUAGGAGGAGAUUAUCGCCCAUCAUGAUUGGCUCGGUGCAGCG